GGUUAGCAGGCUGGAUUGAGAGAGAGAGAGAGAAAGAGGGAGGGACAUACACACACUCCUCGCUCACGGACAGCAACUCUAAACCCACACAAAACGUGUCAUCAACGUGGUUUGUUGCAUUAUUUUUAUUCUCAGCGCCACAGAGACGGUUCAGGAAGUAGACCGCUUUAAACGCGUUUGGUUUGGUUUGUUCCCCCCCGAUGAUGCGCUCCAUCAGAGAUGAAACAUUAAAUUGGUUUAGCUUAAUAGGAUUAGUUCAGCAAUCUACAUAGCUCUCCAACUUAUUUCCUUUUCAGCAUCUUGUGGACUUCCAAAUUCUAUACUGGGGGAAAAAAAAACUCCCAAAAAUGAGAGCUCAAAUAGAGGUGAUUCCAUGUAAGAUCUGUGGUGACAAGUCCUCUGGGAUCCAUUAUGGUGUCAUCACCUGUGAAGGCUGCAAGGGAUUUUUUCGCCGCAGCCAGCAAAACAACGCUAUGUACUCAUGCUCUCGGCAGAGGAACUGCCUGAUCGACCGCACCAACCGCAACCGCUGCCAGCACUGUCGUCUCCAGAAGUGCUUGGCACUAGGCAUGAGCCGAGAUGCGGUGAAGUUUGGCCGCAUGUCUAAAAAGCAGCGUGACAGCCUGUACGCAGAGGUGCAGCGGCACCAGCAGCUGGCACGGGAGCCCAUAGAGGCGGGCGAGGACAGCGGACACAGCCGCUCGUACAGCAGCACAGGCUCCAACACCACCCUCAGUGAUCUAGACGACAUCACCACACUGCCUGACGGCCUGCUCUUUGACCUACCACUCACACCAGGAGAGGCAGCUGAAUACUGUGCUCUCGAGCUGUUUGAGGGCGGGGCCAGUAGUGGAACAGCGAGUGCAGUGAGCAGCAGCUCAUCCAGUCAGAGCUCUCCAGAGCCUAGUGUACUGGAUAUAGUAGAAGCAGGUCGGGUGAAGCACGAGUACCAGCUGCUCCCGGAUCCCAGCCUGCUCUCACACAGCCUGCUGGGGGCGCUAUCCAAUGACUGCUCUCUGAUCGAUAUCGAGCGGGUCACUCAGAAUGUGGUGAAAUCACAUUUAGAGACGUGUCAGUACAGCGCAGAGGAGCUGAAACGACUCACUUGGAACCUUUAUACGCCCGAGGAGACCCGCUCAUUCCAGCUCAAGUCUGCUGAGUGGAUGUGGCAGCAGUGUGCUGUGCACAUCACCAACGCCAUCCAGUACGUCGUGGAGUUUGCCAAGCGCGUCAACGGCUUCAUGGACCUCUGCCAGAAUGACCAGAUUAUCCUCCUUAAAGCAGGCUGCUUAGAGGUUCUGCUGAUCCGCAUGUGCCGUGCGUACAACUCCAGCAACAACACAAUGUUUUUCGACGGCAAGUUUGCCAGCCCUCAGCUCUUUAAAGCACUAGGCUGUGAUGACCUGGUGAACGCCAUCUUUGAGUUUGCCAAGAAUCUGUGUCGCCUGCAGCUGAGUGAGGAAGAGAUGGCCCUGUUCAGUGCCGCCAUCUUGCUAUCACCUGAUCGCCCGUGGUUGUCAGAGAGUCAGCAGGUGCAAAAGCUGCAGGAGAAGGUUUAUUUGGCCCUGCAGCACAGCCUGCACAUGGGGGGAGGCAGUCAAGAGAAACUGGACAAGAUGGCGUCCAAGCUGCCGCAGAUGAAGUCAAUCUGUAACCUCCACAUCGAUAAGCUGGAGUUUUUCCGGCUGGUUCACCCUGAAACAGCCUACAGCUUCCCUCCUCUGUACAGGGAAGUGUUUGGCAGCGAGAUCAACUUCCCUGACUCCACUAACAGUUAGAGGCGAGAAGAGAGGGCUGGAGGGAAGUGGGGGUGGAGAUGUGGCAGAAGAGGAAGAGAACUAGAUUCACUGGUGCACAGAGAGGAUGUGUGAAAGAGAGGAUGUUAAAGGUGGAUGAAUAUAAAGAAUAGUGGAGGCCUGAGGUGUGAAAAUGUUUGAGUGUAAAAAAGAAAAUCGAAAGCUGUAAAAACCACUUAACAGCCCAGGCAAUCUGGCGUUUUUAGUUAUGCUUGUGUACAAAGAGCACCACAAAUUGGUACAGCGUCCAACACACUGUACUCCUCUCUACACACAUGACAAACACAUCACACACUCCUCUUUAAAAAAAAAAAAAACACCACUACAACACCUGAAAGCACUUUUGUAUUAUUUAGGAAUAUCUAUAAAGGCAGAGGUUCAUAAUCCUGUCCUCAGGGAUCCUCUGCCGGUACGGAUUUUUGUUCCUGUCCUUUUCCACUUAAUUCCAUUGACGAAUUAUGAAUGUAUGUCCCUAUAACAGCACUUGCUAUAAUGCGGCCGAAUGUAUGAACUGCACUUUGGUUCGCAGAAACGCUUUACAAAACCCACGUCGGUUACACGUGACAAUCAAGAAUCUCCUUCAAACCAUUCAGUGCCCAGAUGUCUGGUAGUAUAAAAGGACCAACCUCCAUGAUGCUGGUAGGGCUGGGCGAUAUGAUGAUGUGAUAUUGAUCUUGAUGUUGAUAUCAUGAUAAAUUCCAUCACAAGACACCUUUCUGAAAUAUGAAUGGUAUCAUGAGUGAAACACUAUCUAAAUUCAUUGUUACUGAAGAUAUCAAGCAGAAAUACAGUAUAUUAGUGUUCAAAAUUGUUUAUUUUUCAAGUUAAAUUAUAUGUUUUUGUAGUCAGAAAUUCAAAGUGCAACUUCAGGGGUUCACUACGACUAUGCAAGCACUACGGGUGUAAUGAUAUGGUACUGUACAUCGUAUCAUUCAAUACAAGGCUCUCAAUUCGAUAUGUUUGUGUAAACAAAGGUAAUAGAAAAAUAUUAUUUUCGUAAAAUACCACUGAUAUCACAUGAGGUAUAAUAAACAUCCAUCCAUCAUCUGUAGCUGCUUAUCCUAUACAGGGU